UAUGGUUGUAGGGUUCCGAUAUAAGGGCAAACUGGACCUAUUCCUUAUACAUGUUGUAUUCCAGCAGGGCCUGAGCCGCUGCUGCAUGGUUAAGAUUAAUUUGAUAGAAGCGAUAAAGCUGCGUACUGGGCGAUACGAUAGGGACAGGGACAGGAGAGGAGGUGUAAUUUAUGGGUCGGCGUUAGAAGGGGUUGCCUCCGCCCCCAUGCCCUUUUGUAUACUUGAGGCUUACAAACUGCUGUCGCGGAGGUACAGGCUUUCGCUGGGUGUCCCUGGCAUCCGCACUUAUGGCACCAUCCUUCCAUGUCAAUGGUUGAGGGGCAGUUGCCUCUCACGUGCCCAUACGCCCAACACUUAA